AUGGUCGACAAUCUGGAUGAUGCGCUACCGGAAGACGCAGAGCCAGUCAUGGCAGAGCACCAGAGGGCACAGGCAGAGGCACUCGUGGAGGCAGACUUGCCCAUGACGCGCGAAGAGCUUGAUAUGCAUCUAGCAGACCUCGGUGUAGAUGUCACAGCGCAACAUGCAUCCGAUCGAGCAACAGCAGCAUCAGGAGCAGCACGGUCGCGACUCCCUCUUCCUCGCACACACUCCACCACACCUUCCCUCGACUCACCCGUAUCGCGCAUCAAGCCAAAGUCAAGCCUCUCCUACAGUGACGUGGAGACACCGAGUCGACUCGCGCGCAGACCAGCGCAGCCGGAACGCAGCUUCACAGAACUCAGUGAGAUUUCCCUUAUUCCACAGUCGCAGACACCUUCCCUCCUCAGACAGCCCUCCUUCCGCAGUACCAUCAAGAACAACAGGACGGGUGCCUCUGUACCCUUGGCGCAGUCAACACCGAGACGCGAUCCCGCACAGAGCGCUGCACGGAUCGAGCAAUUGACCAUGUCGGAAAAGGAAAACACACGACCCUCAUCCUCCAGCUCAAGUCCCAAUGGCAGUGAUCGCAAUGGCCAUGGUGGUUUUACAAGACCCGUAUCGCAAGGCAGACAGUCGCUUGGCGAUCGCUACAGCAGCCAUGGAUCUCCCAGCUCACCCUCUGUGCGCUCGGAAACAACGCGAGAGAUACCAAACAUGCUCCUUCUGCAAGAUCACAUUCGCGAGAUGCAAUCAAAAGUCAAGCAGCAGGCACAGACGAUUGACUUGAGCGAGCACCGCAUUCAAGAACUUGAGCGUCAGGUUGAAGAGCAAGCGCGUGCCUUGCAACUACGAUCAAGAGAGGCGAAUGACAGCAAAUCGGCAAGAGACACAGCCAAAGCGCAGGUGCAACAGCUCGAGCAGGAUCUAGGAAGCGUGCAUGCAGACAAGGAUGCGCUUCAGCAACGAUGGACCCUCGUGCAAACUGAUUUGGCUGAACAGAGGACAGCGCUCGACUCCUUACGCAGCGCUCAUACAAAGUGUCUGGCAGAGCUGCAUGCAUUACAGGAGCAGUACAGUAUGGCUCUUGCAGACAAGGAAAAGGCACAAGAAGAAACAAAAGUCUUGAAAGGCACAAUCAAUGGUCUGCAGACUCAGGUCGAUCAGCUCUCCUCGGUGGAGGAACGCUUCGAGAAUGCUCAAGAAGCGUGUCGCCGAUACGAAGAGCAAGUCGAGACCCUUCGUGCUGAACGAGACGAGGUCAAGCAGGAGCUGGCCAACAAGGUUGUCCUCUCCGCUAGGAGCGUCUCUCAAUCAUUGAAACAAGACCUGCGACGUCCCAGUGAGACUGCUGCUGAAAGGCCCGUAUUGAUGGACAAGGCUGUACAAGCGACUCGCGAAACGCGAUCGUGGGGAGCACAAACAACAAAGGAACGCUUGCGAUGUGUAUCACGCUUGACGCAGACCGAUUCAGUCUUUGAGCCAGCUGGUGCACCGCCAGAGUAUGCAGCAGACGAAGCCAUCAAACGUCAACGCGACAUGGCUGAAAUGACAAAACAAAUGGCCUUACAAGAGUCCCUUCUACAAAAACUCAAAUCCCUUCAGGAGCAGCAGCGUGAGACGGCACGUCAAAAGCAAAAGUCGCCGUUUACAUUCACCUGGCUGCGUGCAUGGAUCCUCGUCACUGCUGCUUUGGCCUUGUUCUUCGCUGGCUACCUCUCAGGCAUGCUGGUUCCAUCACCUGCGUCAGGUAUGACUUAUGCAGAGAUGCGUGCCUGGCACAACGCAAAUGCUCUUGAUUACUUGCUCGAGUACAGAGGCGUGCUCGGUGGCAGCAAGUACUAUCGCUGGUGGGAAGGUGGUCCACUGUGGCUGGAGAAGCUUUGUUAUUGGCUCGAUGAAAAGCUAUCGGAUGGCACGCCCUGGCCAUCUUGA